AAAUCACGUGAAAGUCAAAAUCACGUGAAGCCGUGUCACGUGACCGCUGCGUCUCUAAAGCAUAAAGCCGCCAGCAGGCACAACACCUAAGUUCAGGCAACUGUGCAACCAGAGAACACGAUGAAUACGCUGCUGACCUUCUCCAUCCCUUUGUUAUUCAGUUCGUUGGUCUGGAGUGGAUAUCUGGAAUAUGACCAAGAUGUCUUGAUACCAGGUGACUGGACUCCUGUGGGUCGGGUCGACCCCAGCCAGGAGCUGGCACUGACGUUUGCCCUGAAGCAGCAAAACGUUGACCUGCUAGAGGAAACACUCAGACUGGUGUCUGACCCUGACUCUCCGCAAUAUGGUAAACACCUCACAUUGGAGGAAGUAGCCUCCCUUGUACGUCCAUCUGAACUGACCCAGAAGACGGUGAAUCACUGGCUGCAGUGUCAUGGGAUUACAAACUGCCUCACUGUUAGCACUCAGGACUUUUUACAGUGCACCAUGACUGCAGAGGUUGCAGAGACACUGCUUCCUGGCAGUAAGUUCCACCGUUACAAGAGAGGCGGGCAGUCUCUGGUGAGGUCUUCAGCUCCGUACUCUGUUCAUGAUGAUGUUCACCCGCACCUGGACUUCGUUGGAGGACUUCACCGCCUCCCUCCUGAAGAGCAGGACCUCCGCAAAGCCUCUUCUAAAGGGAAGAGGGCAGGGUUUCACCUGGGAGUGACUCCCGCCGUCUUGAGGGCUCGCUAUAACCUGACUGCAGCUGAUGUGGGAAGAGCACAGAAUAACAGCCAGGCUGUCGCUCAGUUCUUGGAGCAGUACUACAGCCCUGCAGACCUGGCUGAGUUUAUGAGCAUAUACGGCAGAGGCUUUCAGCAUCUCUCUCAGGUGGACCGGGUUGUAGGCACUCAGGGAGGAGGGAAGGCUGGUAUAGAGGCCAGUCUGGAUAUAGAGUACAUCAUGAGCACAGGGGCAAACAUCUCCACAUGGGUCUUCACCAAUCCAGGGCGUCACGAGUCCCAGGAGCCUUUCCUCCAGUGGAUGGUUCUGCUCAGCAACAUGACUGACCUGCCCUGGGUUCACACGAUCAGCUACGGAGACGAUGAAGACAGCCUCUCUGCUGCGUACAUGAUGCGCAUCAACACCGAGUUUAUGAAGGCUGGUGUUAGGGGAAUCUCUAUGCUCUUUGCUUCUGGUGACAGUGGUGCAGGCUGCAGACAGUUGGGUAAAGAACAAAACUCCUUCAGGCCCAGUUUUCCUGCCUCAAGCCCAUAUGUGACUACAGUAGGAGGAACAUCAUUCAAGAACCCAUUUAAGGUCACGUAUGAAGUAACGGAUUACAUCAGUGGAGGAGGCUUUAGUAACGUCUUUAAGAUGCCUGACUACCAGGUCAGUGCAGUGGAUGCGUAUCUGAAGACUGUGAAAGCAGCCCUCCCUCCUCAGUCAUAUUUCAAUACCAGCGGCAGGGCUUAUCCAGACAUGGCUGCCCUGUCUGAUAACUACUGGGUGGUCAUGAACAGGGUGCCCAUCCCCUGGGUUUCUGGGACCUCGGCGUCAACCCCUGUGGUAGGAGGCAUGCUGUCUCUCAUCAAUGAUCAGCGGCUGCUAAAGGGCCUGCCCACCCUAGGCUUCCUCAACCCCCGCCUCUACAAGCUCAAAGGACAAGCCCUAUUUGAUGUGACUGAAGGCUGUCACCUGGGAUGUGUGGAUGAACAGGCUCAGGGAAAAGGUUUCUGUGCUGCACAAUCAUGGGACCCUGUUACAGGCUGGGGGACACCAAACUACCCUGAACUUCUGGCUGUCUUGCUGGCAGAGUGAAAACCGGCAGUUUCUGAAAGUUAAACCAUCAGGACAGCAUCUGCUCUGCGAGCAGGUACCAUAUACACACGUCCAAACUUUUGACCAGGUACCUGAUACCAAAGGCAGGAUGGUGAAAUAGAGGGGAAAAUGACUACACAGAUUUAUGCCUCUUGUUUCCUUCAGUUCAUUUGCAUUUGUUAUGGUCUUCAGGAAUGUCUUUAUCUGACCUAGAUAUCUCUGUGAAACAAAUUUGCAGGCAGAUGUGUGUUAACAGUAAUCUCACGCCUUAAAUUCAUGCCACUACAUACACAGCAAUGGUUGCUAUGCAUAAAUAACAAACAUACUGAAAUACAUACACCAAUCAAUGAAUGUAUGUAGUCAAUCUAAUGUACUGGAUUCAGUAAUUUCACCAGAUCAAGGCAAUUUAGCAUGUAACUAGAUACAGGUUUGGUUUGUAAUAAAACUGCUUUGUUUUGCCAUACUACUCUGCAGGGAUGAACUAGGUACAAGGCAAUUCAUUUAACAAAUAUACUGCAUUUCUAUAAAUGUCACUCAUGUAUUUGUAAUAAAAUGGGAACACUGUAUGUGGCCUAAGAUGAACAAGAUUUUGAACUAACCAAAUGCACUGUAAUGUGUGGGUUAAAUGAUUAAGCAAUUCUACCCACCAGCAUUGUUGCACCUUUCAACUAUGUGAAUCCUCAAGUCAGAUGUAUUAAUGUGAGAACUGCCUGAAUUUAUUAAAGAUUUACAUGGA